GGAAUGUGAGUACCAUCAUCACGUUAUAGUAUGUUAGACCGUUACGUACCAAUCACCUCCGGAUUGCUUCAAAGGUAAUUGAAGGACCCGUCAACUCGCUUUGCAGAUUUGCACAUCUUCUACUGGUUGACAGCACUGGACAGCAAGAUGGUAUAAAUAUGCAUGGUCGUUGAUGUAGUGGAUCGUAAGAUGCUUGGUCUUUGCUUAUUCCAGUUAAUGCCCACGACUUUUCAGCGUCUGGUGUCUGGCGUCGGCAAAGCAGACAACCCAAAUAUUACUGCAACUAGAAUUGGAAGGCGAAGCCAUGGCAGCUGUGGAGCCGGACGCGCUGGUGUCAGCCAUCCUGCGCCAUCAGACCACCGCGCUGCUUAGGAUGCUUCGCUCCGCUGAUGCUACCGUGCGAGACCAGUCUGGUCUUACUCCGCUACACCACGCCGUGUUGGCCGGCAAUGUAGAAGCAGUUCAUGCCCUCUUGGACCUUGCUUGCAAGCGCACUCGCCCCUUGCGCCAUCCUGGAGGCAGCCCUUCGACGGCCGUUGGGUCCCCCUGGGAUUUGGUGACUGCCCCAGGUCCACCGCCAUCUCGUCCGUCUCCCUUGCAUCUUGCUGCGGAAAGGAGUGAGAACGUACUCCGCAUUUUGUUGGGCCACAGCAGCUUGACCACUGCUGGGACAUCAUUCCUGGGAAUAACCCUCUCCAGCCGGCCGCAGACCGAGCUCCUAAGGCUGCGUGAUGCACGUGGCUGGUCCCUCCUUCACUACGCCGUCUCCCGCGCCAACCACGCCACGUUGCGUUUCCUUCUCCAGCACUUCAGCGAGGGCAACGGCGGCGGCAGUCGCGGCUGUGGCAGCGGCGGCGGUGUUAUAGGCGGCAGUGAGGACGGCGCCCUCAGGGGUUGCGGCGUUGACAUCGCGGAUUCAAACGGCCACACGGCGCUUCACCAUGCAGCGCUGCUCGGCCACGCAGAGUGCUGCCGUCUGCUGCUCAAGGCAGGCGCCGACCAAGCUGCUGUCUCGGGCCCGCCCGAAGGCGCCCUGCCAGUGCAUCUAGCCGUCUGCGGAAACCACACGGCCGUUGUGGACAUCCUCUUCCGUCAUGCAGUUGCGCAGCACGGUUUCCGAGCAGCCCAGGCUGUUCUGCUGCGGCCCAACUCCAGCGGCCUCACUGCUCUCCACGUCGCCACCCUGCAUGCUGCCGUGGACGCCGCUCGUCGACUGCUGCACCUCGUCUUUCCCUUCGACACGCGCGGCCCCGUUGACCGUACAGCCUUCCACCUAGCAGCCCUGAAGGGCUGCACGCCCAUGCUGAACAUGCUGGUACGACAUUCCACACCGCUACAGCGCGAACUGCAUGACGCAGAGGGCUUCACAGCAGCGCAUCUGGCAGCGGCAGCAGGUCGCCUGGAUGCGCUUAGGGUGCUGGCUGCAGGGGGCUGCAACAUGAAUGCCCGCGCUGUGGCGGCGCCUGCGGCGCCGCCAAACUGCGAGGGCUGGACUCCACUGCAUUGUGCCGUACGGCGCGGUGACGUGGCGGCUAUUGAGCUGCUUGUGACGGAGCUAGGGGCUGACCCACAUGCCAAGGAUGACUGCGGUCGUACACCAUGUGACCUGGCUGUAGCCGUCGCAGCAUCCUCUUCGCGGCAUGGCAGCGGUUGCGGCGUGGGUGCGAGCGGCAGUGGCGUUCAUAACAUGGAUGACGCGGGAUGGAGCCCAUUGGAUGGGAUGGCUAUGGAGCCGGAUCGGGACAGCGAGGGAGGCAGCGCGGAGCGGAUUCCAACCGCGGCAGGGGCGCAUGCAGUUAUGUCUGGUUGGGAGCCGGCUGCUGGCUUUGCCGCUGACAACCUGCAGGGUCCCAGCAUCGGGGUGAGUCCGGACGGGCACGGUGAUUCACGGCUGGUGGAGGGGCAGGCUCUGGAGGUGUUGCAGACGUUCCUUCGGCUGCUGCACGAGCCGCUGGCGCGGCGCAGCGCGCGCUUGGCGGCGGCUGUUGCAGCCUCCACGAGUGAGACCUCGCCGCUGCAGGACAGUCGGCUGCCCUCCUCCGUCACGCUGCCCGGCGGCGACACAGCAGCCGCAGCAGCCAUGGCAGCGGCAGCGGGACCGGCAUCCCUGCGCUCGCUCAACAACGGGGGCUCCAGUGCGGGCUCUAGCGCAGGCACACCUGGAACUGCCUCGCCAACCGUUGUGACAAGGCUUGGAUCAGUCCAGGCGUUACGUCGUGAGUCAGCACCUGGAUCGCCGGUUAGCGAAGCGAGUAGGUCCCCCCGGCGUUGGGCAGUCCCGGACAUGCCUGCCAGCCCUUUAAGGAGUCGCAACGCGUCCGGUGCCAGUGCCGCGGCUCCAGGGGCUGUUGCCGCAGCCAACGGUACGUGCUUGUGCCACCAGGCUGCGGCGUUAAUGCUCCUACCGCCGCCGGAUGACAAGGGGUCUUCGCUGCUAGCUGGGAACCACCAUCGGCCGUCCAUGGCGCUCUCCUACGCUGCCCAAAUGCUGGCAGGUCCGGCUGCCACCCCCACCCGCGCAUCGCCCUUCAGCAAGCCGGCAGUGCAGCGUCGUUCACCGUUCCAACCACCAGCAAUGGUUACAACGGUCAACAACCCUGUUCCAACUCCUGCAGCAGCGGUUGGGACUCCUGCAGCUCCCGUUAGCAGCGACGCCGGCGGCGGCCCAGGGGCAGUUGACACAGCAGCGCCCAUUCAAAGCCCCUUCCUGACUGCCACUAAGCCCUCGCCUUUCGUAGCCGCCACAAGACCCUCGCCCUUUGCUGCCGCUGCCACUCGGCCGUCACCCUUCCUGCGCCAACCGCCAACGCAGCCCUCUCCUCCUCCUCCACCGCCACCUCCGCCCCCGCAAGACAGCCCCACCGAGGCAGCUUCACCGCCAGAAGCCAGGCCAGCAGAUGCCGCCAACAGCAGGCCGGGCUUUGUGACCGCAGACGCCAGUCCCACACCCGCACGCGAGGAGGUCACCGUGGCUGUUGGGCCUUUUGUCGGCCUUGUCGACGCGCGCAGCAGCGCUGGCGGCGGCAGCUCUAGUCGCGAGGCGUUGUCGCCGGGACCCUCCACGUCAGCUAGCGAUGCGGCCGGUACCCUGUGUGUCAUAUCGCCCAUCAACAACCCCUGCGGCUACUCGGCUCUCAACCGUGCCAUUCUGUUGCAGCGCCACGCACUAGCAGAGGCGCUGCUGGCGACGUUGCCGGCGGAGGGGCAGGUGGGAGGUCUGCUGGUGGUGUCGGGCGGGCCCGCAGUGCGUGAGGUCCGGAAUCUUCCAUCGGCGAUGGCGUCCCACCUUACCCUGGCAUCAACAGCGGGAUUGGCCACGGGCAGGAACCUUGCAACGCACGCGCAGCUCCUGCUGCCCAUGGGAACGUCUUCAGCGGACGCAUAUGCAGCCGAAGGCACGGGACCCAAGCCCGGAGCAGCAGCAGCUGCUGCUGCUGGACGCAUGCCUGCACGGCCCGGCAGCUCCGGAGCCCAGCUGCCCCCACCGGGCCCCUCGGGCCGCUCCAAACGCCCAUCCCAGCACCCCCAGCCGCAGCCCCUCCUCCAACAGCUCUUACAAUACCGACAACACAGCGAAGGAGUAUCAGCCCGCGAUGCCGCCAAACGCAGCACCACCGAUGCGGGCAGCCGACAGCCGCCGCUGGUGCCGCUUGGCGGCCCGGGCGGCUCGCUGCCUCCCUUUGCAGCGGUGCCGCCGCUUGCGACCCGCGAUCUGGUGCCUAGCCUGCUUGUCUGGGACGAGGUUUCGGAGGUCUUCCGUACUCAGCCGUCCAACCACACGAACCGAGAGUGGUUGCAUUGGCCCGGCGAGCCGCAUCCUGCUACCGGCUGGCUGCUCGUGGAGCUGAUGGUGAUGGAAGCAGGCUCCGCUGGUGGUCAUGUUUGGCUUGGCGUCGGGCCCACCCCAGAGCUCUUCUUGCCGGUAGCCAACGAAAGCACCGGCAGCAGCACCAGUCACGUCGCCUCCGGCCUGCCCACAGCCGCCCUGACCGGCAGCGGCGCAGCCACCACCGCUACCGCAUCUGGCCUGCCAGCCGCUGCUACCUCUCUGAUGGCGUCCGGCGCCGGACCGCUGGUAUCCGCUACCAGUGGACCCGGCGGCGUCCCGGCCACCGCUGCUCUGCCCACCGUGGCCUUGUGCUCCGUCAUGAACCACCCCAGCACGCACAUCGUGUGCAUUCGCGACGGGCAGGCGUUUCGAGGCGGGGUGCUGUCGCCGGACCUUGGUGCCGCCACACGGCUGGAGGCGCGCAGUGGAGACACGGUGGCGCUGUUUUGGAACCGGCAUGGCCGCACUGUGGCGUUCACGUUGAAUGGGCGCUACUGCGGACGCAUCGCCGGGCUUCCAGCCGAAGAGCAGCUGACACCGGUGCUAGGACUGCAGAGCGCGGGCUUCGUGUUCAAAUGGCGCUGCCUUUCCGUCAUGCAACAUGGUAACAGCCCCAGCAACAGCAGCGGCGGCGGCGGCGGCGCUGUCGUUGUCCCUCCGCUUGACGACAUGCGAGAGGUUGGCUUGGGCGGCGCCGGUGGCCGGCCGGUCGUGAGCACCAAUGUGGAUGGGCUCAUGGUGCGGGAGCAGAUGCUGCAUGAGGACCCUGAGACGCCCUGGACAUGCAAGGAGCCCUCCAUAACCAGCUUGCACUUUGCCGCCUGGGCCGGCAACACACGCGCCCUGGUGCAACUGGUUCGCGCCAAGGCGUUCGACCCCAGUGAGCCCGACGCGGACGGCUGGACGCCGCUGCACUUCGCCGCCCUGGCCGGGCACUCCGAGACCGUGCGCCUGCUGCUGACAUGUGGCUGCCAGCCUGACGGCAGGAGCAAGUGCGGCUCGACGCCGGCGCUCAUGGCAGCCAAGUACGGACGGAGUCAAGACCACGUGGUCAUCAUGCGGCUGCUGGCGGAGGCAGGGGCGGCGCUGGACGUGCGCGAUGCUCGGGGUCGCACGCUGCUGAUGCUGGCCGCCAAGGCAGGCAACCUAUCCAUGGUGGAGCUGCUGCUGGAACGAGGCCUGGACCCAUCCGCCACGGACUGCCAGGACCGCGAGGCGCAGCAGUACGCGGGGCAGCACGCUGCCAUCUUCCGGCUGCUUCGCAACGCGCAGGCGGCACAACGCGCGGGGACACGCAAAGGCAAGCGACACGCCCGCACGGGCGCCAGCGUGCUUGCGGACUCCUCGCCCUUCCAGGCUGCCACCAACCACCUCAAACCGCCGGUGAGUACGACCCAUGGGCCGGCAGGCGCAGGUGGGCAAGGCGAGGAAGGCCAGGAAGACGAUGGAGAAGAGGAAGACGAUGACAGCGAGGAGGACGUGGGCGGAAACACCCACGGUCGUCGGCAAGACCAGCAGCACCUGCCGCUGCUGGCGGAGCGGUGGCGAGUGGGUGCGGAGCAGUUGGUGCGCGGUCGGCUAAUCGAGCAGGGGGCCUUCGGAGCGGUAUUCGAGGGCACUUGGUGCGGCGCCCGCGUGGCGAUAAAGCAGGUGGUCAGGCGGCCGGGAAGCGGGGGAGGCGGAGGGACGCUAGCGGAGCGGGAGAUGGCGGGCCUGGAGCGAGAGGUGGCGAUCCUGGCGGCGCUGCCGCCGCAUGAGAGGAUCGCGCGCAUGCUGGGCAGCGUGGAGCUACCUGGGGAGGGCACGUGCCUGGUCAUGGCUUACUACCCUCACACGCUGCAGGGCGUCAUGCAGUCCGAGCGGUUGCGGAGGAGCUGGCUCACACCCGCACGCCGCGCCUCAAUUGUGCGGCAGUUGGCUGAGGGUCUUGCCUUCCUGCACGGCCUGCCCGGGCCUCGCGUCAUCCACCGCGACCUCAAGCCGAACAACGUGCUGCUUGAGGCGGCGCCGUCGCUGGGCGUGAAGAUUUGCGACUUUGGACUGAGCCGCAUCCUGGCCAGCAACGACGUGCAGUCCAGCAGCGCCGCGGGGCACGCCUUCUGGAUGGCGCCCGAGCUGCUGCGCGCGCAGCCGUACGAUGAAAAAGUCGACGUCUACUCUUACGGUGUCAUCCUGUACCAGGUCGCCUACUGGGUUGACGAUCAGCUGUACGGCGGCCUGAACAAGGCCCAGGUGGACUUCCAAGUGGUGCACGGCAUCCUGCGGCUGCAGGACCGCCUGCCCGGGGGUGUGGACCCCGCCGUACAGGCGCUAGUGCGGGACUGCCUGGACGAGGACCCGCGCGCCCGGCCCGCCAUGGCUCAGGUGCUGGAGCGGCUCGCGGGCGUGCGGGAGCUGCCGCAGCCCAGUCCUGCGGCGCAGCAGCAGCAGCAACAGGCAGGGCAGGUGCAAGUGCAAGUGCAGCAGCAACCCGCCGUAGUGGUGGUGGCUGGCGCGGAUGGGCUGGGGAGGGUUGAGCAGGCCGGCGUCGGUGCAGGUGCUGGCGUGGGUGUAGGUGCGGGUGUGGCGGUUGGUGCGGAGGGCGGGCAGGUUGGAGGGUCGCCCAUGCAAGGGUCGCCAUUGCACCAGCAGCAGCAGUAGCUGUAGCGAUAAGGGUGGUAUGAGGUGAUGCAUUAGCGCGAGUUCUACAUGUCAUGCCCCAAGUGCUGGCAACGAUUGAUCAUGGCGCAGUAGCAUACGAACGAAUGCGUUCAUAACUUAACAUAGCCCGUCCUUAACGUGAUUUUGGUUUGCUACCAUGUGAACAAUAUGGGAUGGCAUAGGAUGAAUGGGCAGCGAAUUGGGCUGGAAGAUGGUUGGGUGGCGAUGCCCCCAUGACUCCAGGGCAGUUUGCCUGAUGCUCUAUCUGCAUGGCCUUGGCGGUUGUAGUGCACCAUAUGCAUACGACGCAGCAGAGUGGUGGCCUUGAAACCAACAAAAUCAUUUUUUGUUUGUCGGCUCGUCAAAUCGACACGCUUGAGGGUGAGAGUGAGGGUGAGAACAUAAACACGAAGUGUUA